CGCGCGUCGCCACUUCGCAACUCGCGACUCAGCUCUCCGCCAUGGCGAUGACCUCCCUCCUCCUCUGCCGCGACCCGACCCGCCUCUCCGGCCCCUCCCCUCCGAGGUUCCUCGCCAGCCCCCGCGCCAGCGCCAUCCGUUGCCGUGGGCCUCCCUCUGUCCGAUGCUCCGGCGGGCCUCCUUCCUCCGGCUCCAUGGCCGCCCCCGGCGACGACUUCGACGCCAAGGUCUUCCGGCAUAACCUGAUGAGGAGCAAGAACUACAACCGGCAAGGUUUCGGCCGCAAGGAGGAGGCUCAGCAGCUCAUGGAUCGCGAGUACGCCAGUGAAAUUAUUAAAACCUUGAAGGAAAAUGGAUAUCAGUACACCUGGGGAAAUGUCACUGUCAAGCUUGCUGAAGCCCAUGGUUUCUGCUGGGGUGUCGAGCGAGCCAUCCGGAUGGCCUAUGAAGCGAAAAUGCAGUUUCCGGAGAAGAACACCUGGAUUACUAAUGAAAUUAUCCAUAACCCGACUGUCAACAAGCGCAUGGAGGAGAUGGAGGUGGAGACUAUUCCCCUCGAAGGAGGGCAAAAACAGUUUGAUGUUGUUAAUAAAGGUGAUGUUGUCAUUUUUCCGGCUUUUGGAGCACCAGUGCAGGAGAUGUUGACCUUGGAAGAGAAAAAUGUACAAAUUGUGGAUACGACUUGCCCAUGGGUAUCCAAGGUAUGGAAUACCGUGGAGAAGCAUGAGAAAGGAGACUGCACUUCAAUUAUUCAUGGUAAAUACGCUCAUGAAGAAACCAUAGCAACUGCAUCGUUUGUGAGAGAGUACGUUAUUGUGAAGAAUAUGAAGGAGGCAAUGUAUGUGUGUGAUUACAUUCUUGAGGGUGAGCUCGAUGGUUCUAGCUCGACUAAAGAGGCGUUUCUAGAGAAAUUCAAGGAUGCUGUUUCCCUGGGAUUUGACCCUGACAAUGAUCUUAAUAAAGUUGGCAUUGCAAAUCAAACCACAAUGCUCAAGGGAGAGACUGAAGAGAUUGGGAAGUUGCUGGAGAGGACUAUGAUGGGCAAGUAUGGAGUGGAAAAUGUCAAUCAGCACUUCAUGAGCUUUAAUACAAUUUGUGAUGCCACUCAAAAACGCCAAGAUGCUAUGUAUAAGUUAGUUGAGGAGAAGGUGGAUCUUGUGCUAGUUGUUGGUGGGUGGAACUCAAGCAACACAUCUCAUCUUCAAGAGAUAGCUGAAGAACGUGGGAUACCCUCUUAUUGGGUUGACAGUGAGCAGAGAAUAGGUCCUGGAAACAGAAUAGCCUACAAAUUGAAGCAUGGGGAAUCAGUUGAGAAAGAAAAUUGGCUUCCAGAGGGUCCCAUAAAAAUUGGGGUAACAUCAGGAGCUUCUACCCCUGAUACGGUCGUUGGGGAUGUUUUGUCGAAGAUCUUUGACAUUAAAAGGGAAGAGGCCCAGCAGGCUUGAUACAAGAUCACAAAUCUACAUACCGAGGAUUAAUUAUCAUCCUGUCCUUAAUGAGAAGCUCCACGGAUCUGAUGUAAAAUGACGAAAUGCCCUGCAUAUUUUGAUGCAUUUCAGCCUCAGAACUUUAGUCUGCUCUUGUAAGGUGAUGCAGGGCUUCAAGUUGACUGGCUUUUAUAAUACUGUGUGGAACCCAAGCUCAAUCUCUGAGCUUUAACCAAGGGAAGAAUCUGUUUGUGUGGACUUGACACCCUUAUUUGAUCUAGAAAACAAUGAGAUGCCAUAGUUCUUUAGUUCAACUUGGUCGGUCCAGGUUGUCAGAAGUAUGUUAAUGUCGUAUAAUUCUUGGGAA